AUGGCCGAAACCCAGCAUCGGGCAGCGCCGCCGGCUGCUCCACCGCUCAACUGGGAGGGCGAUCGGAUGCUGCACAUCUACAUGUGGGACUAUUGCCAGAAGCGCCAGUUCCAUCAGGCUGCGCAAGCCUUCAUCUCCGAGGCGGGCGUGUCUCCGGACCAGCACGUGCCCAUCGAUGCCCCUCAAGGUCUGCUGUACGAGUGGUGGACAGUGUUCUGGGACAUCUUCACAGCGAGGUCGUCUGAUCCGUACGCUGCUUCGGUCCGCAAGUCCGACGCCCAUGCCUACGUCCACCACCAGGACGGCCAGAGGCUACGGCUGCUGCACGGGCAGCAGGAGCAGCACCGCAGCAUCGCCCUGCAGGCCGCGGGGCAGGGGCAGCCACACCAACCUAGCUGGCCGCAGGCGUCCGCGAGCCACCAGCGUCGGCCUGCCGGCCCGGCUUUGGCGGCGCAGCCGCUGCGUCGCCAGCCGUCCUUCCCGGGCGUCGGUCCGCAUCUGCCGCAGCAGCAGGCUCUCGCGGCCAGCUUAAGCGCACAUGAUUCGCAGAGCCCAACGGGCGCGCGAAGGCUGAGCGGGAGCCUGCGGCAUGGCAGUCCGUUCAAAGGCACAAGUGCGAUUCCGCAGGCAGGCGCGCCCGGUUCCGCGCAGGGAUCGAGACCCAGCUCGCGUCUUGCCCAAGGCUCUACGGCCGAUGAGCAGCACCUGAGCAUGCUCAGAAUGCAGCAGCAGCAGCAGCAGCAGCAGCAGCAGCAGCAGCAGCAGCAGCAGCAGCAGCAGCAGCAGCAGCAGCAGCAGCACCGGUCGCCACAUCCACAGCAGGACGGCUCGGCGUCGCAGGUCCCGACCCAGGACGCCAUUCCGAGUCUGGGGCCGAACUCGCUAGACACAGCCGGGCACAGAGCCUCGCCGCCCCGGCCGAAUCUGGACCCGGAUCAAGCUCCCUUUGCGGUAGCACGCCAGUCGAAUCAGGGGCAGGGGCUCAACCAUGAGCUCAGUGCGAUGCUCAACCUCCAGCGCCCGGCUAGCAGCCUUCUGAUCCAGCAGUGCAUGCACAUGAUGGGCCUCGGCGGGCGGCGGGUCGAGUCAUUGACGGCCGACGAGCGCAUGGCGCUCGCCAACCGCGAGCAGAGCGCAGAGCACCACAUGCUUGCCGCCGGCACGAAGCGCAAGGAAUCGCCGCAUCAGAAUGUCCAGGCCCAGCGGGGACCACCGGGCAUGUUUCGGCCCCACGAUCCGGCGGCUCAGAUCAUGGAGCUCGAGGAACAGCAAGAGCUGGCUCGCAGGCUGCAGCAGCAGAGCGCCGCACAACAGCAGCUGGACCAGCAGCGGAUACAGCAACAGCAGCUGUCGCAACGACAGCAACAGCAGCAGCAGCAGCAGCAGCAGCAACAGCAGCAGCAACAGCAGCAGCAACAACAGCAACAGCAGCGUCACCAGCAACACCAGCAGCAGCCGGCUCAUGGGCAGCCCGGAGGGCGACCGGAUCAGGCGCCGGCAGCACCGAGCGCUGCCGGAUACGUCGGCAACCCCGAGGCGGUGUCGGUGCCGAUGCAGGCGCAGCGGUCCGCCCAAAGCGCGCAGGCGUUCAACACGGCGGCCGGCCACGCCCAGAGCCAGAUCUCGCAGCAGAUCCAGAGCCUGCAGCAGUCGCAGCUGGCCAAGGGGGGACCGGACGGGCCCAACUCGGCCCAGAUCCAGCAGCUCCGGCGGCUCCAGGGCCGCAUGUCGCAGCAGGGCGGCGGCCCCAACGCCUUCGCCGGGCCUCCAUCGGCGGCUGCGCCGGCCAACGGACACAGCUACGACGGGCUGCAGCACGCGAGCGUCAUGGGCCCGCCUCCCUCUCCUUCACCAGGUCCCGGGCCAGGGCUGUGGCUCUCGAGCUCGCCGGCGAAUGGCUACCCCGCGUCUUCUGGCGCGAGCCCGGGCCUGCCUCUCAACCAGUUCGGCCAGCAGAUCAACCAGCAGAUCAGCCAGCAGCAGCAGCAGCAGCAACAGCAGCAACAGCAGCCUCACCACCAGCCCCGGGCCGCCAACGGCAGCUUGGGCGUCGUCCCGGGCUCGGCGCCGAUGCGGCUGGGCUCGACCAACGCCUCUGGAGCCAAUGGCAUCGCCGCCGCGCUCGACGGCCUGGGUACAGGCGGCGCGGUACCUGGCGAGACGCACGCAAACGGCCACACCCCGUUUGACCUGCAAGCGCAAGGCGCACAAGGCGCGCUCGGCAUCCACAACCACCACGACCUGGGGGGCAUGGCCGCCGCGGCGGCAGACAUCACUGCCACCGCGGGUGCGCCCGCGUAUCAGCAUCACCAUCCGGCGCUGGGACAGGAGGGCCAGCAGCGCUUCGGGGCCGGCGAGCCGUUUGCGCAGGCCGAGUUUGACUUCAACACGUUUUUGACGGGCAUCGGGGCCGACGGCAUGGAUCAUCGGUGA